AACGUGACUACCACCAGGGCCGCUUCGAGCCGACCGACGCCGCGGAGCAUCAUGGGAGUCGUAGUUCCCUUCGCCCUAGUCAGUUCGAGAAGGCGAGGCCUCACCAAAAUACAACUCCCAUCUCGACCUUCGCACACCGAGCCCCGUCGUCCAAUCUGAAUAUGUGGGAGGAGCGCGUCCGCCCACAAAAGCCACAGCUAUCUCCCCGUAUCUCCCCCUUUAAAAAAUCAAUUGUGCACGAAAAAAACGGGAAUGCGCUCAAAAUAAAAACACUGGUGACGGUUUGUUUUCGGUGUUAGGACGGACGGCGACGAGGCGUCCCCGCGCGUCGUGCCACGAGAGGAGCGGCGGCUGACAGGCAGGAGCAGCGAGGAGGGUGUUGUCCUGAUGCUUAAAUGGAAGUGGGUGGGCCUCCACGGUCACACACUGCCAACUUCUCUGUGGAUACCGUUCUGACAAGCGCCAAUUUGCUCGUUUAUGGACUGCGUGUCCGGUAAAAGAGACGUACGACGGGGCUGCGAGGCGUCCGACGGAGCGGGGACGGUCGCCGCGCGCUCUCCCUGUUAUUUCCGUUAUUUGGGGGCUGCUUGAUUGUGGCUGCGCUUGGCACCGCCCUUCCUGGCCGGUGGGUGGUUUCGUCAAACGGGCAGAUCCGCCACGGCCCAGAGCCGAACAUAUAGGCCGUCCUCCGCCUCUGUACCCGGCCGGCCUUCUACCGUGAACUACACCCUCUCCCUCUCCGUAUAUUAAUGCGUUAUGAGUGACUCGAAGAAGGAAUCAUCUGGAACUGAAGGAGGGAAAGCAUCUAAAAGGGGGAAAAGUUCUGGAUCGCAGGAUUCCUCUCAGCCCUCUCCAUUGGCUCUGCUCGCGGCCACCUGCAGUAAGAUAGGAGGGCAGGGAGGAGCAGAGGGGACCCAGGUCCAAGCAGGGGCCCAUCAGAUCCAGGUCCAAGCUGGUCAAAUCCAGUUGCAAGCAGGUCAACUCCAGGGUCAGAUAGUGGUGGACACAGCCGGGGGUCAGGCCCUGUUGCCCCAGCAGCUGGAACUGGUCCCAGCACAGUUCACAGGGAACGGCUGGCAGAUCAUUACAGCAGCACCUACUAUGGCCAAGGAGAACACCAGUCAACCUGUUGCUGUGACUGUAGCAACAACGUUGGCCAAUGACAGCUCUCCUUGUGGACGCAAGGUGAAAGCAGAAGUGCGGACCAACAGUGUUGCAGCCAGUCAGCAACAGCAGCAGCAGCAGCAGUUCCAGAUCAUCCAGGUUCAGAACCUGCCCAAUGCUGGGGGCGGGGUCCAGUAUCAGGUCAUACCUCACCUGCAGACGGCAGAUGGACAGCAGAUCCAUAUCAGCCCUCAGGCGGCCUCCAUCGGGGCUCUACCUGAGCAGGUGCAGAUCAUCCAGACUUCAAAUUCAAGUCAGGCCCAGGCGAUCCUCCAGCCAGCCAACCAGCAGACCAUCCUGACGAGUACAGCCAAUCAGCAAACGGUCCCGUUGCAGAUCCGUCCCGCACAGUCGUUCCCGCUCCAGCUGCAAACUCUGCAAGGCUCCCAAACCCCCGUCAUGACCACGGUACCCAUAAACCUCGGUGGAAUGACUCUAGCUUUGCCUGUGAUCAAUAAUGUCGGAGGGGGCGGAGCCGUGCAGCUUAUCCAAUCAGCAGAUGGCACAUUCUCUGUUGCCAAUGGAAACCAGCUGGUCACAACAGCGGUGUCCGGGGCGGCUCCUGCAACAGCUGGAGCCGGAUCAGCGGCGGCAGCUGAAGGUGACAGCAUGCCGGAUGGGGCUCAAGUGGUUUCUGCUGGAACUGAGGUUGGAUCAGCUGACACCCAGGUGCUAAGCACCGAGGCAGACUCUCAAAGCCAGAACCAGGCCAACGGGCUGCAGAGCCAGGCAGAUACAGCAGGAUCCAUCCAACAGGUGAUCGUGGGCCAGGUGGGGCACCAAUUGGUGCAACAGAUCCAGCUCCAACCCCAGGCUCAGAGUCAGGGUCAGGCCCAGGGCCAGCAGCAACCUCAGCACAUUCAGACCCUUCAGCUGGCCCCAGGACAAACCCUGCAGCCCAUUCAGGCCUUCCAGAACCCAGCACACGUCCUUAUUCGCACUCCAACCCUGUCGCCCUCCGGGCAACUCACCUGGCAGACUCUGCAGUUGCCCGGUGGAGUCUCCCUUCAGGGCGGUCUUGGGACAGCUAUGCCACAGCAGCUCACGCUGGCUCCGGUGGCAGGUGGGACACCGGUGGGAAGUGGAGGCCUGGUCUCCCUGAGUGGAACUCCCUUGACACUGAGCGCAGGCCAGAUCAACCCGGGGUCAGGGGUGCAGACUGUCAGCAUCGCCGGACUGGGCACAGCUGGGGUUCAAGUGCAGGGUGUACCCCUCACCAUUGCUGGUCUACAGGGUCAGCCACAGGGUCAGGACGGGGUCAAAGUUCAGUCGCCUUCGGUGACUCUCACUGUUGGCAACGUGGCAGCAGGUUCAUCAAUGAGUCCGGACCAGCUGGGCUCCGUUCAGAGCUCUUCAGACCAGGAGGGGCCACCCAGCAAGAGGCUUCGACGAGUCGCCUGCUCUUGUCCAAACUGCAGGGAUGGAGAGGGAAGGAACAGUGGGGACCCCACGAAGAAAAAGCAGCACAUCUGCCACAUGGAGGGCUGCGGGAAGGUGUACGGAAAGACGUCUCACCUAAGGGCCCACCUGCGCUGGCACACCGGCGAGAGGCCGUUUGUCUGCAACUGGAUCUUCUGUGGCAAGAGGUUCACCCGGAGCGACGAGCUGCAGAGACACCGGAGAACACACACAGGUGAAAAGCGCUUCGAGUGUCCCGAAUGCUCCAAACGCUUCAUGCGCAGCGACCACCUUUCAAAGCACAUCAAGACCCAUCAAAACAAGAAGAGCGGCACCGCGGUGGCAAUCAUCACCACUGACGACAUGGAGGAGGAGGACGCCCCCGAAGACCUGGGCGCCUCCCCUCAGAUCGUCACUGUGGCAACGCUCUCGCGUGACUCUGACCCUGCUACACCCACCACCUCCAAUCACAUGGAGGAAGAGGAGGAGGCAGAGGAGGAGUUUGAAUAGGCGGUUGACUUCCUGUUUUUUUGGAGGUCUUUGCAGGGACUGUGAGGAAAAUAACUUUUUUUUUUUCUUUUUAAAUUUUACAUCGUUUAAAAAAAAAAAAAAAAAUCACGAAAAGGGUCUCAAAGCAGACGGGAUGAUGUGAUGGAUAGAAACCGAAAACUGUAAACAUCACAAUCUAAAGAAGAUGACUAACACGUAUAAUAACAAAAAAAUCUAGUGUGUAUGAAAGAUUAGUUUGGCAUUUUAUGAAAUUAAUCUAUAAUAAUUCCAUGUGCGGUGGGGAAAGGAAUGUAAGUAGAUUAGCACAAGACAGGGGGGACCUGCAGAAUCUAAAACCAUCCGACAUCGAGAGACGUUCUUUUCUUAAUCGCAACAGAAACUAACUCUAUGCACAAAGUUGUGUUCCCGUUUCAUACCUGUCAGACAGUGCUGAGGGUCAAUCAUGGUACAGAGCUGUUGUGGAGCAGUGACAGUUUUGGGAUUGUGUGUGUGUGUGUGUGUGUGUGUGUGUGUGUGUGUAUGAAUGAGAGCGUGUUUGUAUUCCCAUGCUGUCCUGCAGAGGAUCUACCUAAUUUGAGUUUUAUUUAUGGUUCAGGUUUAAGUCCUCAGAUGAGAUUCAGGUGUUGAUUCCUGAUAGGGCAUAAAUCUAAAGGAGUAGAGAGAAAAAAAAAAAAAAAGCACAUAUAAUAAGAUUUAUAAAUAAUGCAUUCCUAUUGAGGCGCAGUGGCCAUUAGAGAAAAAAAAAUAAGGUUUCUAUAGAGAAAAACAAUCUAGCUUUCUACAACUUUGUUUGUGUAGUGAAAGCAAUACUAUAAUGACAAUCCUAGUGAAACCAUGUUUACAUUGUCAGGGGAAGUUUUCUCUGUUAAUUAAAAAAAAAAAAAAAGAAAAACGAAAAAAAAAGCCAGUUCGCUCUAAGAUCUGCGUGCUCUAAGGGAAAACAUCAGGAAGCAGUGCCGUCAUCCGGACAAACCAUUUACACAUGCCACCGUUUAUCAACUGCAUUUGUAAGUUUUUUUUCUCGCAAGAAAUAAAAUCGUAGACGGUUGUGUCAGAUGGCUGCACUGUCGCCGCCGCCGCCGCCUUCUGUGCUCUGUUGGCCACACCUCUCCACCUCUAACUCCGCUAACACCACCCAUGUGCCACAAUUGCCUUAACACAAGCUGUUGUACAGAGGGAGCUUCAGAGCGAGGCGGGUGGAGGAGGAGGAGGGGAGCUCUCCUGCGCCAUGAGCCGGGGAGCCGAGCGCAGCACAGGCAGGUGACGCAAGAGGGACGAGAGCCGUGGGUGGGAGUGGGCCAUUUAGCUACGUGGAUAUUACGAGAUGUUUUCUGGUGGUGUUGCUCUGUGUUAGUUUGGUGCGUACAUUCUUUUUAAAUUAAAAGAUACUUUUAUUUUAUAAAAAAUCUCCUUUCCCUCUCCUCCCCUGAAGUAUGUUAACACACAGGGCCCCGCUGUGUAUGGCUAAUUUAUUAUUUAUCCUUGAUUUGUAAUAUUUGCCUUUUGCUGAACUCGUAUUUGUGUGCGUUGAUUCCAAGGUUGUGUACAGCAUGUUUGAGUUUUUUGCCGUAGUGCUGCUUCUCUUUCUCCUUUACUCUUUGUGCUUCUGUUUUUUCUUUUUUCUACGUCUGACCAUUGCUGUUCACAUCUGCUUUCUUUUACUCUUUGCGCCAUUACGUGUUUUUUGGAGGAAAAUAAAUGACAAAAGAAGAAAGCAACAAAAAGAGUGACUAUUGUUCAAAGUUUAAAAAGGUUGAUACCAAACGAAUUUAGAUGUUUUUUGGUAAUAUUUUGUGUGACAACCGACUCUUUUUUUUCUUUGAUAUUUUGUAGUGACAUCUCAUUUGUAAAUCUUUUUCUAAAGAUGUUUGUUCGUCUCCAUGACAUUUGAUAAUGGGUUUUUGCCAGGUUAGCCUCAAAGGCUUCGGUUUAUUGAUAUUUUUAAAACUGGUUUGUACAAAUGUGUUAUGUCAAUAAAAAAAAAAAAGAAAACAAGCAGAAAAGAUGCUUUGCCUGCAUAACACUUGACAAUAAAGUCAGUCAAACUUAAA